AUGCGUGUAAAAGCAGCUCGCCGGGGCCGGGCGCAGGUGACCAUCCGGCGGGCUGAAGCGUCCACACACGUCGCCUGCUUGCCACUCGAUCGGAGCGCCUGCGCGCACACGCGCACACGCCCACGCGCGCCGCCCUUCCCCUCCACGCCGUCAUCUCUAAAAGGCGCACGGCUCGUGGCCGACACGCGCGUGGACGUGUCGCUCUUCAAAAAUAGCAGCAGAGCCAAAGUAACCACUUCUUUACCCUCCAAGAGCCAAAGUAACCACUUCUUUACCCUCCAAGAGCCAAAAGCCAAAGUAACCACUUCUUUACCCUCCAAGAGCCAAAGUAACCACUUCUUUACCCUCCAAGAGCCAAAAGCCAAAGUAACCACUUCUUUACCCUCCAAGAACCAAAGUAACCACUUCUUUACCCUCCAAGAGCCAAAAGCCAAAGUAACCACUUCUUUACCCUCCAAGAGCCAAAGUAACCACUUCUUUACCCUCCAAGAGCCAAAAGCCAAAGUAACCACUUCUUUACCCUCCAAGAGCCAAAGUAACCACUUCUUUACCCUCCAAGAGCCAAAAGCCAAAGUAACCACUUCUUUACCCUCCAAGAGCCAAAGUAACCACUUCUUUACCCUCCAAGAGCCAAAAGCCAAAGUAACCACUUCUUUACCCUCCAAGAGCCAAAGUAACCACUUCUUUACCCUCCAAGAGCCAAAAGCCAAAGUAACCACUUCUUUACCCUCCAAGAGCCAACGUAACCACUUCUUUACCCUCCAAGAGCCAAAAGCCAAAGUAACCACUUCUUUACCCUCCAAGAGCCAAAGUAACCACUUCUUUACCCUCCAAGAGCCAAAAGCCAAAGUAACCACUUCUUUACCCUCCAAGAGCCAAAGUAACCACUUCUUUACCCUCCAAGAGCCAACAGCCAAAGUAACCACUUCUUUACCCUCCAAGAGCCAAAGUAACCACUUCUUUACCCUCCAAGAGCCAAAGUAA